CUUCCCCCAACCACCACCUGCAUAGUUAAGACAUGUUUGCAAACUUUGAGCUGUGGUCGGGUGGCAUGGUCGAACACUCGACCAAGGCAAGUCUGCCGCGAUCCACAAGCGGUUGCAUUCCCUGCCGCCGCACCAAGAAAAAGUGCGACGAGAGGCGGCCGGCUUGCGGGCGCUGUGUCCGACGAAGUCGAGGCGAGUGCACUUGGCCGCGGCCUACAUCCUCGCCCUCCUCCGCCACGGGCCCAGAUGACGGACAGCAGCCUCAGGAUGGGAGAGAGACUACUCUGUGCACAGUGAGGCCUAGCACCGAUUCUGUGCUUGGCAUAUGUGCCUCGAUGCCGGGUAUCCAACCUGCGUUUGCCUGGGAGCUGAUUUGCUAUGCCAACCGCGCAAUUCACGGCGCCUAUUUUGACGAUCACUACUCCAUCUUUAUCCCCUUACUCCCGCUGCUGGCCGAGUUUCCCUCUUAUGCUUACACAUGGCUGGCACUAGGGGCUGCUCAACUAGCGCAGCAACUACCAUCCACAGAGAACCCAUUGCGACUCAUGUCGCUAGAAUACCACUCGCAGGCAAUAGGCAGCCUGCGCCAACACCUCCACUCUGCCCCAGUACCUCAGGAAUGGGCCCUGUGCUCCAUGCUGCUACUUCACAUUUUCGAAAAGUUUGGCGAUGGGUACCGAUCUCCCUCAGACGCACACGUCAAGUCGGCGCGAAGCAUCUUUCUCCGCCAUUUCACCUAUUCACCUCCGAGAGACAUUCGCCACAUUCUACAGCUAGAGAGCCUGGUAUACCGAGUCGCCAUUACUAGCACUUUCCGGCUAGGGCCCGUGUGUCACCUGGAUGAAUACUCCUCCAUGGACGAGCUCCUCGAUAUAUGGGCGUUGUCACCGAUCACUUGUGGUUUGUGGCAACAUAGCCUCUGGAUCGGUCUGCGGCCGCCCAUAUUCAAUGCAGUCUUUAAGCUAUCAGUCCUCCUCCGUCUCGUGCCCCUCCAACCUUCCUGGAGGUCUGAGCUGGACAAGCUAGAGGGCAACUUUCGGCACUAUCUUGGGCCUUAUGAGGCGUGGCCGUCGCACAUGGGCGACCUAGAUCAUCCACCAAAUAGCGGUGGCAGGCCUUGCUUGUCGCUAGCAGACCAGGCCCGCGCCGCGCACUGCCUUUACGCUUAUGCCUGCCACAUAAUCACGACCAAAUUGCGGGACUCUGACUCAACGCAGUCCGGGGAUCAGGUCCGUCGAGUAUCCCGCCUCGGUUUCCGCCUUCUGGCGUACCUGGCAAAAGCCGGGUUCCUAUCACCAGUGUUGAUAUGGCCAGCCACUAUCAUCAGUCUCGCCGCGUCGAGUCAGGAGGACCAGGAUAUAGCGACGCUGUACAUCAACGGUCUAGCCCACAAGUCUGGAUCACGGGCCAUUACAUCAGUAAUGCGCCUUCUGCACCUUGCAUGGACGAGAACCAGUAAAGAAUGGCCGGCCGGAACGGAUAUACUCUUUGACUUCAAAGCGCUCGGCGACGUUUUUAUCUGAAUGGCAAUGAACUUGCAUGGCUUUGGGCAAGCGUGGGGGGCCCUAUGUCUGCUGAUGUUGAAAGGCUCUUCUCAACACGCGGUCGAAUGGUUCGAGACGAUCGGGCCAGGCUGGACGCUUGUACAACCGGAUGACACAAACGGUGAGAUCAUAGCAUUGCGAAGGCUAUAUUAAGAGCACGGAGGAGCUCCGUGAAGAUGUCAAGGUGCCAGGGACUGAUCUGUUAGCUGAAAAGAGCUUUGCGGAGGCCCGGGAGGCAACGGAUAAGAGGAUCACGUGCAGCGCUACCCGCAAAUCAAAUGCAAUCAAUCAAAUUGUCAAACAAAUCAAUCAAAUAUCUCGAAAUCUUAUUUCAAACAAAACAAAUCCAAAAUCCUGGAUUUGAAAUAACAUUUGAU